UCUCCACACAUCUCCAUAUAACGACUGAAGCUGCGCUGUCUUGCCAGCACUGCAGAGCUUCAAGAUGGCGCGGGGGUCAGCCAAGCCUCACCCCGCGCGUCGCCCUCGCCCUGAGGAUGCAACGACCAGCCAUCCGCGUCGCAGCGCCAGGCUGGCGCGCAUCGAUGCAGCCGGGGCUGAGAGCCAAACGCCAACGUCCAAGGAUUUUGGCUGUUCGCCUCCAACGAGCAGCCUGGCCUGCUCCUCGCGCCUGCUAGCGCUGCCGCUCGACCUGCAGCUCGCGAUCCUGUUGCGCCUGCCGCCCAACGACAUCGCGGCCUGCGUGCGGCCCACCUGCCGAGCCUUUGCAGCGCUGCUGCCCGGCCCCCUCUACACCCGCGUGCUCCUGAGCCAGCCCGUCAACCCAGCCGAAUUCCGCUGGGCACUGUACAGGGGCCGACUCGGCGCACAUGUGUUCAAUCCAUCACCCUCACCCGCAGCUUCACCCUCACGCUCACCACGCCAUUUGCCACCACCACCUGCAUCAGCGCCAAACGCAGCAGCAAUGCAAGACGCGGCAGCAGUGCCAGACGCGGCAGCAGCAGCAACAGUGUCAGCUCCGGGGGGCUCGGCAACAGCAGAAGCAGCGGCAGCGGCCCCGCAGCCCCGCGCCCCAGCCCCUCCUACUCCCCCCCGUUCUCCACCACCGCCUUCUCCACCUCCACCUCCUCGGCCUCCGCCUCCACCUCCCGGCCUUGACGGAUUGACACACGACGAGAAGACGCAGCUGAGCUCGUUGCUGGCCGGCGCGGGUGUGCUCGCUAACCUCGUGGCCCUCCACAGCUUCCGACCCAGAUCGGCGGCAGCUAUGGAGGCGGCGGUGGCGGCAAGGCGGGAGAAGGGGGGAGCAGCGGCGGCGGGGGCAUCAGCGGGCGGUGAGGCUGGAGGCGGCAGGAAGCGGCAGCGGGCGGAGGAGCAGGCGGGGGAAGGAGGAGGAGGAGGCGGGCGCGAGCGCGGCCGCGGCGGCGCAGCCGCCGCGGCAGCGGGAGCUGCCGCGGCCGCAGGCGCGCUGCCUGCGGGGCCGGGGGCAGACGUGCAAGCGGAUAUUGCGGAGGCGACCGCGGCGAUGGUCAUGGCUGGCUGGGAUCUGCAGGUCGGCAGCGGCGGCAGUAGCGGCGGCGGCGGCGGCGGCGGCGGCUCUGCUGCGGACGGCGACGGCUGCCCCAUGAACUGCUCCACGCCGCGCGCCGCCGCCGCCGCCUCCCGGCUGCACGUGCUGCGCUGGCUGGACGGCGUGGGCGCGUGCAUGUGCUGCGUGCGCGUGCAGACGGCGGUGGGGGCGUGCGGCAGCGAGGAGGUGUUCAGGUGGUACGCCGCCCACGCGGACGCGCACGCGCCCACGCUGUUCGCGGCGGCGUGCGCCGACUCGCACGACACACGCCGCGCAGCCAAGAUGCAGCUGCUGCUGGACAGGCACGGGCACGAGGUGGCCACGCGGCGCGCGCUCACCAACGCCGCCGCCCGCGGCGACGUCGCCACCAUGGCCCUCCUGCACUCCACACACGGCGUAGGGCUGGACGGAUCCGCGCUGACCGCCGCCGCCGCCGCCGGCCACGCCGCCGCCGUUGACUGGCUCCUGUCGCGGCCGGCGGCGCCGCCAGUUGGGCUGCUGGCGCUGGCGGCGGCGGCGGAGACGGGGCGGGUGGCCCUGCUUCGGCGGUUGGCGGAUCGGUUGGGACGGCCGCUGCCGCCCCUGUGGCGUGGGCAGCUGUUGUGCUCGGCGGCGGCGCGGGGCGCGGCGGGCAGCGUGAGGUGGCUGCUGGCGGCGGGCGGCUGGCGGCGGCAGUACGGCGGCGGCGGCGGCGGUGGCGGCGUGGGUGUGGGGGAGGGGGAGGGGGAUGGCGCGGCGCAGCGGCAUGCGGCGGCGGCUGAGGGGGAGGGGGCGGCGGCGGCGGAGGAGGAGGGGGAGGGGGAAGAGGAGGAGGUGGCUGGGUGGGGUUUGCCAGCGAUGCCGGAGGGCGGGCACGGCGAGGCGGGGGCCGGCGGCGGCGGCGGCGGUGAUGGCGGCGGCGGCGGCGGCGGCGGUAAUGGCGGCGGCUGGGUGGAUGUGGCGGCUGAGUUGGCAGUGGCGUCGCAGGAGGCGCUGGAGGAGGCGGCGGUGGGGGGGCACUGCCAGGUGAUGCGGCUGCUGCUGCAGGCGGGCCUGGCCGCGCCCACCGCCCGGGUCAUGGAGUACGCCGCGGAGGCGGGCAGCACGCGCUGCAUGCAGCUACUGCUGGUGGCGGCCAUGCGGCGGGAGGCUGCUACUGCCGCCGCCGCCGCCACAGCCGCCGCCACGGCCGGCGCUGCAGCGGCUGUAGCAGCCUCGGGUGCAGAAGCAGCAGCGGCUGUAGCAGCGGCGGCGGCGGGGCCGCAGGCGUCGCCGGCGGCCGCGGCGGCGGCGGCGGCGGCGGCGGCGGCGGCAGACGCUGCAGAGGCGGCCGCUUACGCGGACGGCCGUGCCUCAUUCGUGAGGGCUGUAGCCGCAUCGCCAGCGGCGCGGGCGCUGCUACAGCCGGCGGCCUACGUGGCGGCGGCUCAAAGCUGUAGCAGCCCUGACCCGCAUGACGGACACGGGGCCCGCCAGACCGGCUACAGCUUCAGCUCACGUGAUCUCACAGCCUACGCGCUCGGCGGCGGCGUGAUGCCGACCCUGAUCGGCCGGACCCACGACAGCGGCAGUAGCAGCGGUGGUAACGGUGGCAGUAGCAAUGGCGGCAGCGGCAGUGGCGGCGCCGGGGGCGGGGAGGGCGGCGCGGGCUCUGAGAAUGGCGGCGGUGCCGGCGGCGGCGAGGGUGGCGGUGGUGUGGUGCGGCCGAGGAGCCGCUUCAUUUGCUGGGAUGACGCCGACGAAGCCGGCGGCGGCGGCCUCGGCGGCGCCCCUGACAAUAGCGCAGCAGCGGCGGCGGCAGCGGAGCCGACGUUGGAGGCGGCUGGGACCGCUGCCUCGGAGGCAGCAGAAGCAGCAGCAGCAGAGGCCGGGGCGCCGCCACAGCGCAAGCGCCGCCGGGCCGGGGCGGGGACCGGGACGGCGGCGGCGGCGGCAGCGGCUGACGCCGCUGCCUCCGAGGCGGCGGCGUAUGCGGCGGCGGCGGCGCUGGGCAGCCGCAGCCACCGGUGUCUGGCGCCGCUGCAGCUGCUGGCGGCGGUGGGCUGCCCGCGCGGCGGCGAGGAGGAGCAGCAGGAGGCCACGGUGGCGGCGGCGCUGGUUGGCAGCGGCACGCGUCUGGGCUGGCUGCGGCGGCGCGGCUGGGCGUGGGGGCCGGCGGCGCUGGCGGCGGCCGCCAACAGCGGCUGUGUGGCGCUGGUGGAGUGGAUGGCGGCGCAGGGCUGCCCGCUGGGCCGCCGCGGCGAGGCCUACCUGGCCGCCGGCGCCAACUCUGACUUCGCACUGCUCGCGGCCCUUCGACGACUGGGCUGCCCCUUCGCCGCCGACACCCUGACACGCGCCGUACACGGCGCAUGGGGAGAGCCGUCGUACGGCGGCGGUGGUGGCGGCGGCGGCGUGGCGGGCGGCGCGGGUUCGUACUCGGCUUUGGCGGCGGUCACGGGAGGCGCUAUGGCGGUGCGGUGUCGUCUGGAGGUGCUGCAGUGGAUGGUGGCGCGGGGGUGUCCGGCGCCGGCGCAGGCGCUCCGGGUCGCGCGGGACUACUCGCGCCCGGAUGUGGCGGCGUGGCUGCGGCGCAUAGGUGUGUCGCGAUGAUAACUGAGAUGGCGGAGCUCAUUGUGGAUACGAGCAGUAAUAUGCCGUACCGUAGUAAGUAAUACGUGAGAGGCGUGUAAGGCUUGGAACAAGUGUGAAGCAGCACCGGAGAGAGGGCGGCAAUGUCAGCAGAUAAGACGGAAAGGCAUUGUAUGUGUGGCAUGAAGCAUCAGCGCAGGGGCUCCGUUGCGUCGCAUAGUCAUUAGCAGAUUGCUUGCCGGGUUAAAUUGCUUGCCGGGUUGAAUUGCCGCAUGGUUUGUGGUGCAUGGGGCAUGCUGCGUAGUGCCAAAACUUGUUGUGUCCUACAGCGCGUUGGGAGCGUCUUCACGCGGACGCGGCGUCAGAAUGAGGAGUUUAGCUGGUUGAGUUGACGCGCACGAGGCAUUAGCUGGCAUGAGACAUCGAAUAGGCAUUUGGCAAUAUUUUGGCAUAGACCGUGUGUAGCUCGUCAGUGUGUGCUGCAGUGCUGCUUGCCAGGGUGAAUAAGCGUGGUGAAUAAGUGACUCCCACUCCAAUGUGAUGUAUGGGCACGCAUGCCUGUGGAUGAGGCGUGGCAGGCACUGAGCAGCCACUGCCUCUGCCGCUACGGCCUCUGCCGCUACGACCUCUGCCGUCCUGCAGUCGGGUUGUGGGGCUGUCUGUGCCUGUAAUGGCUGUUAACG